ACAGUUGUUAACGUGAAGAAGGCAGAUCCACAGCCUGGGCUGCCGGCAGCAGACAGCAGCCGCACACGUUCGUCCCAAAGCCGCGCAAUCCUCAUCUACGAACACUCGUUGAACAGUCUCAUAGAUCAACAAUCUCGUAACUCCACGUCGCUUUAACUGAGCAGCUGUCGUAUCAGUUCGGCCUGAUAGUUCAAUAACAAAAUGGGACUGAUAGGAAUCAUCUUGCGAUGUACUGCGGUCGUCGGCAUGAUGCAACGAGCUGGGAAACGCAAAUCGCUGACUCCGAACGGACUCACGGCUGGCAUGAUUACAGGCCUCAUACAUGCAGUUCACCCAUGGUCUAUCUUCACCAUCCUUCUCUUUGGAUUUUUCAUUACCGGCACAGCAUUCACAAAGGUUAAAGCGAAUAUCAAGAAAAAACUCACAGUCUCGCCUACUGGCGGCGCCGGCGGAGAGGGUCCUCGGACUGAAGUUCAAGUGCUGGCAAACUCUGUAAUUGCCUCGGUACUCAUCCUUCUACAUGCGCUCUUUAAAAGAUCCCAGUGUUUUGAUUCAGAUAUCCUAGCGAUUGGGGUUAUCGCACAAUACGCCGCAGUCACUGCAGACACAUGGUCGUCAGAGCUCGGAAUUCUCUCUAGAUCGAGACCGAUCCUGAUCACCACCAUGAGGCCCUGUCCACCCGGCACAAACGGUGGAGUCUCACAAACCGGCCUGAUCUCGGCUUUUGCAGGAGGAGCGUUUGUUGGUCUAUUGACCGCUUUGUUUGCGCCAUUCUGUGACUCCUGGUCGUUGGUCUCGCGAUUACGACUUAUAUUUGGCAUUGCAAUCGUCGGAUUCACCGGAAGCAUCCUCGAUUCGCUUCUAGGUGCGACCCUGCAGCAAUCCGUUGCAAACGAUAGCGGCGUUAUAAUCGAAGUUGAAGGUGGAGAGAAGAAGAGACUGAGCGGGAAGAUCGUGUCUGGUGCCGACGUCCUGAGUAAUAACGGGGUGAACUUGGCAAUGGCCUUCGCAACUACGGUUUUGACAAUGUUCAUUGCUUAUGCUUUUUACGGGUUCCAUUAAGUUUUUUUUUGUGGCAUGAUGAAUAUACAGUCAACAUCAUGGCUAGAAUCUGUUUAAAUGUAUUCUAAUAUAGACUUUUCGGUGAUUAUCCUGACUUUGCUAGAAAUCACUUCUGAUAAUUAGUUGCAUGUUUCCUGGUUUUGUCCAUAGACAGGUCGAGAGCUUUCGUGUCCCGUGAAGCUUUCCAUCUUUAUUGCAAUUAGCAA